AUUGUUAUUUGAAUUGCUAAGCCAGCUCUCCCUAUUAAUUAAUAAAUAAACGACAAACAAAUAUGUAAAAUUUUCAUUUAAAAUGAACAUUGAUAGGGUUGUGCAAACAAAUAUAUUGAUAGACCAUUGUUAAGUACUUCGGAAUUCUUAUUAGAAACUCAUUACAAUGGUCGACUUAAGUUCAACAAGUUUGUGUCGAAUAUGUCUACAGGACGGAGCUAUACACCCAAUAUUUGAAAAAUUAGAAAAUGGAGGAAACAUACUCUCAAAACUAUCUUUAUGUAUACAACAUGGAAAAAUAGAAGACGUCGAAGGAUUACCACGUCAUAUAUGUACUAUGUGCAAUAAUACGCUAGAUACUUUAUGUGAUUUUAUAAAUAAAUUUAAAGAGUCUUGCAAAAUAUUAGAAAAUGGUAUCCUAACUGUUUUGAAGGAAGAUUUAAUUAGAUCUAAUCAAGACCAUUUGACUGAAGUAGAAAUAGAUUUAAAGAACAUUAAGGCUGAGUCUGAAGACCAUUAUGAUGAUGGUUUUGAUGAUUACGAGGAUUUAUUACCAUUAAAAUUACCAGAUACUAUUAAAAAGGAACCAAUCAAAAAGAAAUCUUUAAAAAAGAAACCUAUAAAGACAGAACCAAAAGCUCGGAAAAUAAAUUCUCAAGCCAAAACAAACAAGAUCGCUUCUUCUAUAUUAGAGGGCAACUUUUUAUGGAAUGGAGAUAAAUGUAUGAAAUCUGGGUCUUCAAAAUUCAGUAAAGUCACCAGAGAAUCAAAACAACCAAAGCCAAGGCCACAGACUAAAAUCAAAUUACCAAACGCCCAGAAACCUACCACAGACAAACUAUGUGACCUCUGUGGAGAUGUGUUUAAAAAUAACGACAGACUUUCUAAUCAUAAGAAAACUGUGCAUUUUAAGAAUCCCAUGAAAUGCCCGAAGUGUCCAAAGAUUUGUGCCUCGGACUAUUAUUUACAUAAACAUAUGAAAAGGAAGCAUGAAACUAAUAGAGAAUUUAUAUGUGCUGCAUGUGGACAAGCUUUUGCAUUUAAAGGAGAUCUAACUAGUCACAAUAGAAAUGUGCAUGAAAAGGUAAAACGUAAAAAGAUUUAUUCAUGCAAAUUCUGUGAUAAAACCUACAAGUGUGCAAAGUCUACUAUUAUUCAUGAGAGAUCUGUUCAUACGGGGCAAAGACCAGCUGAAUGUAGUGUCUGCAAUACUAGUUUUUACCAUGAAGACUAUUUAAAAGAACACAUGAGGUUGCAUACAGGAGAGACUCCGUUCAAAUGUCCUAUCUGUGGACGAGGGUAUGCCCAGAGAGGAAAUAUGAAGAGCCAUCUCCGUAUACACAGGAUAUCAGAACUAGAUGCUGUCACAUUAAGCAAAUUAAGACCAAAUUACCUUAAACUGCUAAAAGUAUGAGACUUUUACUACUAAAUUGAUCUAAAUCUAUUUUUUAAUACUGUUGUCCAAUUGUUUUGUUAUGGGAGUUUGUGCAAGUUAGGGCGAGGCUACAACACUGCAUUGUAACGUCACACCAAAAACUUCGUAGACACAACCACAAGCUUUGAAGGGAUGUUACUUAUAAUAAUAAUAUAUGAUAUGUCGAGUGUUGCAAACAUUCUGCAACACGUAAGAAUGAAUGAAGUCUUCACUUGUGUGGCUGAGCAUGGUCCUUUACGUUUCAUACCCUUAGGUAUCUCAGUGUUUUAGCCUUACCCUCUAGUUUUAUAAUUAUUAAGUCUAUAAAAGUUAAUGAUGGCAAAUGUUAUGUGAUUAUAGUCAAUGAGUUAGGAGUAUUAUAAUUUGAUAUGAAACCGGACCAAGAGGACCAUAUCAUUAUUUUGUUUUUAAAGUUUAAAAAAAUAGAUUUAAAGUCUUAAUAUUAUAUUGAAUUGUACUAUGUACAGCUGCCACUUAAAUCUACUCCAAUUUGUCAAUUCUUUUAAUAGAUUUUCGACCUUUUUACAAUUAGUUAAAGUUGAAAAUCUAUCUGUACAUAGUGAACUUAUAGUUAAUAAGAAGUGUAUUUUGUUUUGUUGUCUAUUUCUUCUAAGAAGAAUGUUACGAUUUUAUUUCUCUUAUGUCUAACAUAUUUCAGAAAAAGGAUUCUAAACUUUAUUUACAUUAUUUCAGUAGGUACAUAAUUAUUAUUGAAUGUCAAACUAUGUUGGUGCUAUGUUAUAUGACAAAGUGUUUACAAUUUUGUGAUAUUCAUCAUAGUUGAUGCUUGCGUAGCACUUUAUUUGAUUCUCAUGUACAGUGGUUCCCAACUAGUAGUCCAGAAAAUAAUACACCAAGCUACACCUAUGUCCAAUAAAUACCAUGUUUACAGCUGCUCAAAUUUAACUAAUAUCAAAAGAGACAACUGAGAGGAACAACUGUCAAAAAUCCAAGUCACUAUUUUUAUAAGUGAAUGACAAAAUCAGAAUGUGGGACCACAUGCAAAAAAUAAUAGUGAUUGGUGAAACGAGAGUACCUUCGGAUUCGCUCUGUUUGGUUGGUGUAUUCGAACUGGCCAAUCAGAGCGCCGAACGCGGUCUCGUUUCAAUUACUUUAAACAUAUAGCAAACUCAUAAUAAGGAUAUAGAAAAAGGUUGGAAACCACUGCUCUAUUUGAAUAAAAAGAUACAAAUAUGUAAGUUAUUAGUGUGAUAAGACUAGAUUAAUGUUAUUAUUACUUAUGGUUAAAAUUAUAUUUAAAAAAAGGUUUAUUUCUAUUCUGUUAUACAUAAUAAGUAAAAAGAUUGUUUUCUGUUAAAAGAGUAAUACCUAUGAAUAACAUAUGUUUUCAUUACCACGAAAAUAUAAUUUUCAAUUGCAAUA